AUGUUAGCUGUCGGAAUCCUUCCAUCCGUGUUCAUAGCAUUCGCAUUGUUCAUAAUUCCUGAGUCUCCAAGAUGGUUAGUGAUGCAAAACCGAGUCGAUGAAGCAAGAUCCGUUUUGAUGAAAACAAAUGAAAUCGAAGCCGAGGUAGAGGAGAGACUAUCGGAAAUCCUGAAGGCGGCCGGAAUCGGAACCGGAACCGGAACCGGAGAGAAUCAAGAAGAGAAAGCCGUGUGGCGGGAAUUACUAAAUCCAUCUCCUGCUUUACGAAGAAUGCUCAUCACCGGAUUCGGAAUCCAAUGUUUCCAACAGAUCACCGGAAUCGACGCGACGGUAUACUACAGUCCCGAGAUUCUACAAACCGCCGGAAUUGAGGAAAAGUCGAGACUCUUGGCCGCAACUGUAGCCGUCGGAAUCGCGAAAACCUUAUUCAUUUUGGUUGCCAUUAUGCUCAUCGAUAAAAUCGGGAGAAAACCGUUGUUAUACGUGAGCACAAUCGGAAUGACCAUUUGUUUAUGCGGUCUAGCGAUAAGUCUUUCGUUGUUCAAAGGAACAACUCUCGGAGUGGAAUUAGCGAUUCUAUCGAUAUGUGGAAACGUAGCGUUCUUUUCCAUCGGAAUCGGUCCGGUUUGUUGGGUUUUAACAUCGGAAAUCUUUCCAUUACGUCUUCGAGCUCAGGCAUCGGCAUUGGGAGCGGUUGGAAACAGGGUUUGCAGUGGAGUCGUGGCAAUGUCGUUUUUAUCGGUUUCUCGUGCAAUUUCAAUGGCGGGAACGUUUCUUAUAUUCACAAUUCUUUCGUUUUUGUCGGUUGGUUUUGUUUAUAAACUUGUUCCGGAAACGAAAGGGAAGUCGUUGGAACAGAUUGAGUUGUUGUUCCAAAAGGACCGGAAUUGGAAUGAAGAGGAAGUAGAGUUAUCAGAUACUCAACAGUUGGUGAAAAACGAAGGGAAUUAA